AUGUCGUGCGAAGAAAUGGGGCAGUACCAAAAGGAGGACAACAUAUUCAAGUCGAUCCCAGAGUGGACGGAGCAGGUGGCACGGCCAGAAGAUAGCCUAGUUAUUCCACAUGAUAACGAUGAGAUUCUUGGGUCGUUCGAGGAUGAAAAGGCUAGCGGGCAGCUGGCAGCAAAAAGCAUUCUGCAUUGGCAACCGCAUAUUCAUUUUAUUUGA